AGCGGAGGAGUGCGCGGCUGUGGUGCGUGUGUCGGUCGGUCGGUCGGUCGUCGCCGCUAUGCUAGUGGUUAGUUUAGUGAACCAAACAUCAUGAUGUGGCAAAACGUUCUCACGAGCUAAAAGCUGGAGUAACGCCGCGUUAACCGGCGCGCCGUCGUUAUGUUAUCCACAAUAACUCACGAGGUUCGAUAAAAAGCGUAAACAUUGUUAAACGCGAAAAGUACAAACAAACAAACACAAGCAAACAAAAAAAAUCCCUGCGACUAGAGUUCCACGGCAAGGAAGACGACAACGGCCACGGCGACGACGACAACGGCGACGACGGCGACGGCGACGGCGACGGCGACGGCGACGGCGACGGCGACGGCGACGACGACGACGACGAGGAUAAAAACGACGACAAGGAAAACAACGUACGGUCACCGGUACAACGACGGCGACGGCGACGACGACGACGACGACGACGACGACGACGACGACGACGACGACGACGACGACGACGACGACGAAGACAACCGCGACGGCAACAGUGGCAGCGACGACGACGACUCAUUCGUGCUUCUAUCUUCGCAAGUGGGAUUCCGCACUAUGUCAGUCCCGAUGUAAAUUAAAGUUGUAUCGUAUGUGUCGAAGUGAGAGAAUUACGCGAAGAAGAUAUAACCACCCUUACAACGAUAUAUAUCUUGGAAGUGACGAGUGUCAACGAUCAGCCUCCAUCGCGCGGUAAGGAGACGAUCACGAGCGUAUACACGAUGUUGGAUCCAAGCGUAUUGACUGAUUUGGAGGAGCUGACGCUUUGCAAUUAUUGCAAGCAGAAGUACAAUGAUGCCGAGCAAUGUCCAAAAUACCUUAGCUGCAAACACUAUUUCUGUUUGCGUUGCAUAGAAAACAAUUUGUUAAAGGGGCGCGAUCUAUUCUGUGCGCACUGUUGGAAGAGGACCGAUCUCGGUGAUCAAGGACCUGACGCUUUGCCGACUCAUUCUCCGCUCCUUGCCCUAGCCAACAACUUGUCACAUUUAAAGAUCACAUCGAACAACACGUCCAAUAAAUGCGUCGACAAAGAGAGAAAGAGUGAAAAUUGUCACACUCAUGGAAUGCCUUUGGCUCUUUGGUGCGCAACAUGCUGUACGGCACUUUGCAGAGCGUGUGCAACGCCUCAAGAACAUCCGGGACAUCAGAUUAAGUCGCAAACCGAUGCCAAAGAACAACUUAUAUCCGAUGUCCAAUUGGAACUAGUCGCCAUGGGGAAGCUGUCGAACGAGAUACAAAGACUGGCAAUGCAGCAACGAGAAUUCUUAAUAAAAGUAUUAGAGGCAUGCGUGACGCUGAAGACACACGUGGAAACGGAUCUACAGAAUGGCUGGAGUCAUUUUCCAGAAAUUACGGAUGCUCGUGAAACUUUAGGAAAAGCAAAGGCCAGUUUGUCGAUGAUCGAUAGCCCUAGCGACGUUUAUAGCUUGCACUCACAAUUGAUCGUCGAGAAGCAAAGGUUGCAAUCCAAGUACCAAGAGAUGAUGUUGCAAUGUCAGUUGGACGAUCUGAUAGGAAAUUCCGGAGUCGUUUUCGACUUUGCUCUUUUGAAACAAGCGUUGGCGGGUAUACAUACAGGAGAAUCGAUGGUAUCUCAAACGUCGGGCAAUGGCGGUAGAUUGGCCAAUCAUCUGACGGCUUCGCAAAAUCCUAUACUGUUCCUCGCGAAUUAUUGUAUGUCGCAGUUAUACUCGAGACAUCUCGUUAGCAAGCAACACAUGCAAAAUGGCUCGAUUGAAUAUCAUUCGGGUAUGAUGGGCCCGCAACAAGCUCCACCUGUUCACGUUCAUCAAGGUCCACCGCAGGCCUCUCAAAACAAUCCUCAGCAACAGCAGCAGUCGCAAUCGCAACAGCAACUUCUUAUCCCACCCGGUUCGCCGUCCGUAAAGCCCGUUCCACCUGCACCACCUAACGCCAUGUUGCAUCCGCAACAACAGUCGACGUUUAUGCCAGAAGCAGUAGGCGCUAGCGGGGCAAGUUUGGUAGCCGUCCACUCGUCCCCUCAACAACCACCGUCCACAGGAAUGGCGGCGUCUCUUCGUGGCCCAUCCAAUCCCUAUCCGCUUUAUUACUUCAACAUAGAAGUCAAUGGAUCUCCUCACGGCCGUAUCGUUAUCGAGGUGAGACCGGACGUCGCGCCAAAGAUGGCGAAGAAUUUUAGCGUAUUAGCAACCGGUGAGGUUGGAGUCGGUUACAAGGGAUGUACGAUAUUUCAAUGCUGGGAAGGGGAGUCGGUGAUAACGGGAGACUUUGAACUUAACAAUGGUCGAGGAGGCAGGAGCAUAUUCGAAGAUGGGUACUUUAUGCCAGACGACACAAAGUUUCCAGCGGUCAGAGGAACCGUGGGAAUGAGAAGAACGCAGAAACGUCAUGAUAAUCUCGGCAUGGUGGGCUCUCAGUUUCGUAUCAUCCUACAAGAAAUGCGAGGAUUCACAGGAAUUUUUGGCCACGUCGUGGAAGGGCUCGAUCUAGUUGAAAAGAUAUCAACGUUUGGUGAUCAGACUGGCAAGCCUACUAAGAAUAUUCUAAUUACGAACUGUGGUAAAUUGUAACGGCUUCUCCAUUACGUUUGGUACCGAAUGGUAACGAAUACCUAAUCAUACCUUACGUUUUUUCCCGUUCUAGGUAAACUAAAGGAAGUGUCGCGACGGUGUCACCGAGAGAAAAUCAAAAAGAAAAGAAACGGGCUUCUUAUGCAUAUUCCUUUUUUUUUCUCCCCCCUUUUCCCCCCCCCCCCCCCUAGGUGCGAUAUAGGGAAGUCUUAUGGACGAUAAUAUGUAUGGAGAAUUAUGCGCGUAAUGUCUAACGAAAAGAUAUUAUUUAAUCUCCAUAUGUAAAUUCUCAUUGGAAGACACCGUCGCGACAUACAGUUCCAAAUAAAUCGCGAUGCUCCGUAUGAAAUCACACAACUUAAUUAACUAUUUACAAUAGAAUCUAAAGAUGUUGAAUCUAUUUUUAAACGUGGACGCGUUAGAGAAAAUGAUGCUGCUACUACUACUACUAUUACUAAUAAUAAUGGUGAUGAUGAUGACGACGACGACGGCGACGGCGACGGCGACGGCGACGGCGACGACGAUGACGAAGAUGAUGAUGAUGACGAUGACGAUGACGACGACGACGACGACGACGACGACGACGACGACAAUUAUGACGAUGAUGAUAAAGAUGAAAGAGAGAAGAAAAAAAAAAAAUAAAUACCCAUAUUUUGCUAUUGAUCGGGAAUCACGAAGAUUCUAUGUCUACAAUAACGACGAUGAUCGACACAUACGUACCUCAGAUCGAUCGUGAUAUCGAUACGACUUCUAGCUGUACGGUAUUUGUUUUAGAAGAGGUUCGACGUUUAUUUUUGGCUAUCGGCGUAUUGCUACGUAUAGUUUAUAGAGCGUAUCGCGCGCUGCGAAGUUAAAAGUCACGUAGUAUGUCAGGAAGAAAGAGAAAGGUGACAGCGAAACUUCGGUGUGCGCUUCUAAUGUCUUAGGUCGUAGAUAGUAUAAAUCGUGUAAACGGGAAAUAACUAAGAAAUCUUUUUUUUUUUUUUUCGUUUUGUUUGUUUUCUUAAGAUAAACGUGCUUACGUGUGUAUCUUCUACGUACGUACGUAAACACGUAAAUCAAAAGAAAACAUAUUAAGGUCGGGGAUUAAAAUAAGGGUCGAAAGACGCGCUUGACUUCGAAUUAUCCGGUAACUGUGAUUCCGUACGCAGGAUCGUUUUAGAAGUUUAACAAAAACUAUCGAACGAUACGUAGGCAAGUUAAGAAGACAAUUCCGUUUCGUCGUCUUAUAAACGAUCGCGUAUCGUUCCAUUCCGGGAGGAAGAGAAAGGAGCCAAAAGGGAAAAAAGAAAAGAAUUAUUUGGGGAUUAGACGUGUACCGAAUAGCAUAGAAGGAAUGAUAAAGAAAUGUUUUGGGUCCCACCGAGAGAGGCUCCAAGAGAUAAUUCCCUUUUUGCUCUUUCUGUCGACUAGUAAAGUCGUCGUAAAUUAACUGUAUUUAAGGUUAGAUCUCAACAUGCAAAUGUAUACAAGGCCUAACUACUACUAUGUAGACCGUAAGCCUCAUCGUCUGAUCCAGAAGACAAAACGAGUGGAAUUAAUGGAUACAUACGUACAAACACACACACACACACACACACACACACACACACACAUACGCAGACAGACAGACAAAGUACGUAGAUAUAUACGUACACGCAUAUAUACCGUCAUACACACGUAUACAUAUUAAACGAAAUCAUUCCUCGAUGCUGUAUAUCGAAGUAUUACGAUAAUGUAAUGCGUUAUAGUAUUCGUCUAAAUCCACGUAAAAUCCCAUCGUUAUAUAUCGUACUAUCUCGUGUACAACGCGUGCGAGUGACGCGUUCUAAAAAAAAAGAAAAAAAAAAAAAAGAAAAGAAAAAAAAAAAGAAAAGAAAAAAAAAAAAGAAAAAAAAAAAAGAACGUGUAAGAACGAAAUGUGCGUUAAAAUGGCAAAGCACAUUACUCUCACACGUAUGUAGGUACAUAUAUGCACGCCCUCGUCGUCGCGGUUGCCUUUUUUGAAGAGAGCCUCAUUCGAUGUUGAACUUGAAAGUUUUAACACUUGUUGAUUAGCUGAAUAAUGCGUCGCGUGCGAUAGGAACGCAUUAUCGCGGCGACGAACGAAUGUAAGAGAGAAUUGCCGUUAGAAUAAUUACACGAAAGAAGAAAGAAAAAAAAAUAAGAAAAGUUACACGCAUACAAAAAAAACAAACAGCAAGCACGCACGCAGACACACACAUACACACACACACACACACACACGCAUACAUACAUACAUACAAGAAAUACGUACGACGAUAAGGAGGGUGCUCGUGCUCUCGAGUAAAUUUUUCUCGUUUCGGUGCAAAGAGACAAAGCGAAAGCCGAAUAAUAGUAUAGAGUAAUUUUUUUCUCCAGCUGAGAAAAAAUAUACGUAAACAAAGUUCGUAUAUAUCACCGAAACGAGCGAAUGCUACAAGGCCCACCUCUAUAUACACAAAGUGAAAAAAAUAUCCCACACGCGCGCGUAUAUAUACUACAUAUAUUUUUAUGAACGUGAUGAGGUAACAACGCAUAGCUUGUAAUAUCGAUCUUAAAUGACCGACAUUGGUUUACCCUCGCCCCUCGCGUUCGAAUUAAAAACGAUUGAGCGGCUAUAACUCUUAUUAAGUUUUUCCUUGCGAAUCUUCAAAUUCCUUUUUCCUACCUCUGUAUCCCAUGUCCUCCUAUCUAUCUUUCUUUACAACGACUUCCUUCUUAUCUGUCAGUCUGUCUAUCUAUCUAUCUAUCUAUAUCUCUCUCUCUCUCUCUUCUCAUCCCUAUCCCUACCGCUCCAUUCCCCCCUCUCUCCCCUUCCUCCUAUUAUGUUAAGGCGUAAUGAGCAUUAUAAAAAAAAUCGAAAUAUUUUGUUUAUAGUCUACGGUAAGCGUAUAUCCGUAGGGCUCUCGCUUAAACAAUUUUAUUAUUUCAUUAUACAUGCGUACGAGAUGAACGUUCGUUACCCAACUUAAAUGUACUUUUAAUCGAUGAAUUUUGAGUUAUAAACUGUUUCUCCCUUUCAAA